GGUUUAGUCGCUUUCAAAGCGUUCACGCGAGAAGCCGAUGUGACGGUUUACAUUGACGGGCUUUGUAGGCAAUGUUUUGAUUUAUUACGCUUGUUGUCGUUUCGUUGGCGGGAAAGUGUGUACCGUGCUAGGCUACAGAAAGGCGUCACCAAACAAACAAACAUCCUGCUGCAGUGCUUCAGUCAAAUACUGGAAACUCUUUUUUCUAUCUCCAACCAACCGUUCUACUUCCUAUCGGAGUUGAACAUACUGCAAUUCAGAGAACGACUAUAAAAGCAAUAAAAAAACUCGGUAUAUAAACUAUCCAACCAGAAAGGACGAAAAAAUUAAAAAAAAGGCAAAAAACAACUGAUACCCAAGACUUUCAUGGUGACAAUAUGGUCGUGGCGGUGACAAGCAAAACUAAAAAACCCUUAGGCAAGUAGACGCUUUGCACAGUUUGUGUUCUUUAGUCCGACGCAAAGGAAAGAAACGGUGAGACGCGUGGCAGGCAGUGAGAAUAGAGUGAUGUUGAUCUUGUUUUCGUGUCAAAGCGUACGUGUAACACAUGUGAAACGGAGUCGAACGGCAACUGUAAGCAUAGUGUGAAUUUUUACAUCAAACAUUGACCGAGAAGGUUAACGACGCAGAACAAAGUGAAAAUUGAAUAAACGAUUAAGGCAAUAAUUAACAACAAAAAAGUUCAACGACAGAAUUAAGGUGAUGAACGUGUCGUCGCAUGUGAUGGGGAUAAGGAGAAGUGUGCUUACUAGUAACGGCGUUUGUCAACAUGAUAGCGCUCGUGCGACAAGUUAUCACGGAGGACUGUGGACAGGAGGAGCUGGUACAGUGCACAAGACCGCUGCAGGUCCUAUCGGCCACAUCGGAGCUGUCCUUCGUUACCAAGAAGGAGGAGCUGGAUAAACUUUGCCCCGAUCUGCACAAAGGACUGCACUGCAUACGAAGCUACACCCGGCGCUGCAUGAAUAUUCAUCAACGAGACCACUUCAACAAACUCUACCACGGCACUAAUGAAGUGAUACACGAGCUCUGCGAGGAAGGCCCAUAUCAGGAAGACUUUCUUAGACAUGCACCGUGCAUGCGGCAUGUGAAAAAAGACUACGAGGUGUGUGCGAUCCACUACCAGAGCACCAUGGCGAAGAUAGGCCAGUCGGUGGCAACGACAACCACCACGACGGUAGCGUCGUCCAUCUACCCAACAAUGGCCACACAUCCGGCGGCCGUCAUGAGCAAUGGUGGUGGGCAGUACCACAACGGUGACAUGAGUCAGCAUCAGCAUCACCAUCACAGACAGCAGCAGCAGCAGCACGAGCAUUUGGGCCGAAGCCAUCCAAACAGCACCAAGUCGGUGGAGGAUGCGGAGGAAGAACGGCUUAAAACGGUUUGCUGUGCCUUCCAGAAGUACAUGCAGUGCUCGGAGUUUACGGUGCGGCAUGCCUGCGGCGACGAGACGGCGCUGUUCACGCGCAAAUUCCUCGACAAGAUGUCCAACACGUUGAUGCGGAUGCACUGCGUCGAUUACACGCCGGAAAGUGGCAAAUGCCGGGAUUACUUCAGCUCAAGCGCAACCCCGACGGGUCUAACGCGAUGGAGUUCAUCAAACAUGGUCACACUCGCCAUUGUCACGGUGCUUGCGGUUGUGCACACACUGCCAGUACAGCUGCAUCACCGGCUGGGAACGUUUAUUUAAUCGCCACCCACAAGGGACGCCGAUCGGUGCACGAUCGCACCCGGUACGAUCUCGAUGACAGCGACGGGGAAGCAGCGAAAGCAAGGAUGCAUCUCAAUUGGCUGCAGGUAAAUGACCAUAGAAGCGCUGUAAAUUGAGUGGAAAGCGAAGUUUAAUGGAUGAUUGAAAUGCAUAAAAAAGAUUCAAAAAUCACAUCCAUACAAGCUGGAAAGCUUUGUUACACGCGGAAGAAAGGCAAACACUCAAAUGCAAAAAAGAAAAAUAGAAACAACAAAAAGUAGAUUAUGAAGGACAUACAAGCACAAGGCUAUACAUUGGAGUUAAAGUAAAACGAAAAAGAAGUAGACUGGAUUCGUGCGAAGAGAAAGUAUAGGGGAAGCAACACGGUAUCUUCUUGUUUCUCUUUAUCUGAGGGUAAAUACAGCUGGCGCCGUGACCAGGAUGUAAACUCGUCUAUUUUUCCGUAAUUACCGAUAAUAGGCAGUACGGAUUGAUUAUUUCAUUUUGCAGUUUAGAAAACUGUUGCACAACGUGUAGAAAAAGAUGAAAAACGAUUAAUGAAAGAAAGGAAGCAAAACCGACGGUCCUAUGAACUAUUGUUACUUUUGUUACUUUAAAACUAUUAUUACUUUGAUAAAAGAGCAAAAAGUAUGAUUAACAAGCGAACAAGCGAUACGAAAAGCACAAAAAGCAGCAAAAACAAACAGAAAUG